CCAAAAUGCACGUUUGCGAUGCUGCAAAGUGGCAUUUCCGAAUUCGAUUUCACUCAAGACAAUGGCGAUCGACUACUACCAGGUGCUUGGCGUCGCCAAAACCGCGACCGACGACGAGCUCAAGAAGGCCUACCGCAAGAUGGCGCUCAAGUGGCACCCGGACAAGAACCCGGACAACGCCGAGAUGGCACAGAAGAAGUUCCAAGAGGUCAACGAAGCCUACGAAGUCCUCAGCGACAAGCAAAAGCGCACGAUUUACGACCAAUACGGCGAGGAAGGUCUCAAGGGUGGCAUGCCUUCGCCCGGUGGCAGCCCCAGCGGCGGCGGCGGCUUCUUCCCGGGUGGCAACGCCUCGUUUGGCGCGUCCAGCGGCGGCUUUCCCAGCGGCUUUUCGUUCCACUCGACGGACCCGACCAAGAUUUUCGAGCAAUUUUUCGGCACGUCCAACCCGCACGAGGCCGAGCACAUGGACCCGAUGUUUAUGUUUUCCAACAUGGGCAUGGGCCGCCAGGGCUCGUUUGGCACUGGCUUUGGCAGUCCGCAGCGCAAGUCCAAGCGUCCCGAGCCGCUCAAGCGCGACCUCGAGUGCACGCUCGAGCAGCUCUACACGGGGUGUAGCAAGAAGCUCAAGAUCACGCGCAAGAUUUACGACGACCGCACCAACGCCAUGCGCGAAGAAGAGAAAAUUCUCGAGAUCCAAGUCCACCCGGGCUGGAAGGCUGGCACGAAGCUCACGUACGAAGGCGAAGGCGACGUCUUGCCGGGUCGAUUAGCCCAAGACAUUGUGUUUGUCAUCCAAGAAAAGACGCACCCUAAGUUCAAGCGCGACGGCGACACGCUCGUUUACACGGCCAAGAUUUCGCUCAAGGACGCGCUCGUCGGCAAUGGCACGCUCUCGAUCAAGACGCUCGACGGACGCCACGUCGACAUGCGCCUCGACGGCGUCGUGACGCCAACGACGCGCAAGGUGUUUGUGGGCGAAGGCAUGCCGCUCUCCAAGAAUCCGCAGCGCCGCGGCGACCUCCACGUGCAAUUUGACAUUCAGUUUCCGACUACGCUCAGUGCGUCGCAAGCCGAUCUCAUUCGCCAGGCGCUUUAAUCGUUUAGUAGCUUGAAAGAGUAGCAUAGUCGACUAAUAUAUAUGUAUG